CCGCAGGCCUCCGCCCCUGGGGCUCCGUGGGCUGGGCUGGGCGCUGUGCGAAGGGGCACACGCAGUCGGAGGCGGCGCCGGCCAGGCCGCCGGGCGCCUAUGGACGCGCGCAGCCCGCUGUCUCCCCGGGCCAGUGCGUUCAGCAUCGCCUCUCUGGUUGCAGCCGAGGCCUCGGAGGGCACCGCCCACCGGGGCCCCGGGUCCUCUGACCAGGCGAAGCUUCCCUGGCUAUCGAGAUCCCCCGCCGGGAUGCACUUCAGCACAGUCACCAGGGACAUGGAAGCCUUCACGGCCAGCAGCCUGAGCAGCCUGGGGGCCGCGGGGGGCUUCCCGGGCGCCGCGUCGCCGGGCGCCGACCCGUACGGCCCGCGAGAGCCCCCGCCGCCGCGCUACGACCCGUGCGCCGCCGCCGUCCCCGGGGCCCCCGGCCCGCCGCCGCCGCACGCCUACCCGUUCGCUCCCGCUGCCGGGGCCGCCACCAGCGCCGCCUCCGAGCCCGAGGGCCCCGGGUCCAGCUGCGCGGCCGCCGCCAAGGCGCCGGUGAAGAAAAACGCGAAGGUGGCCAGCGUGAGCGUGCAGCUGGAGAUGAAGGCGCUGUGGGACGAGUUCAAUCAGCUGGGCACGGAGAUGAUCGUCACCAAGGCCGGCAGGCGAAUGUUCCCCACGUUCCAAGUGAAGCUCUUCGGCAUGGACCCUAUGGCCGACUACAUGCUGCUUAUGGACUUUGUGCCAGUGGACGACAAACGGUACCGGUACGCCUUCCACAGCUCCUCCUGGCUGGUGGCCGGCAAGGCGGACCCUGCCACUCCGGGCCGCGUGCACUACCACCCAGACUCGCCGGCCAAGGGUGCACAGUGGAUGAAGCAAAUAGUGUCCUUUGACAAGCUCAAGCUGACCAACAACUUGCUGGAUGACAACGGCCACAUUAUUCUCAACUCCAUGCACAGAUACCAGCCCCGCUUCCACGUUGUCUAUGUGGAUCCACGAAAAGACAGCGAGAAGUAUGCAGAGGAGAACUUCAAAACCUUUGUGUUCGAGGAGACGCGCUUCACCGCGGUUACUGCUUAUCAGAACCACCGGAUCACGCAGCUAAAGAUUGCCAGCAACCCUUUCGCCAAAGGCUUCCGGGACUGCGACCCUGAGGACUGGCCGCGGAACCACCGGCCUGGAGCGCUGCCGCUCAUGAGCGCCUUUGCGCGCUCCAGGAACCCCGUGGCCUCCCCCACGCAGCCCAACGGCGCAGAGAAAGACGCGGCCGAGGCCCGGAGAGAAUUCGAUCGCGAAGGGGGCGGGUCAGCCAUGCUCGGGGACCCUGCACAUCCGCCGCAGCUGCUGGCUCGGGUGCUGAGCCCCGCGGUGCCUGGGGCCGGCGGUGCGGGCGGCCUCGUUCCCCUUCCCGGUGCGCCCGGAGGCCGGCCCAGCCCCCCUCACCCGGAGCUGCGCCUGGAGGCGCCCGGCGCGUCGGAGCCGCUGCAUCACCAUCCCUACAAAUACCCGGCCACCGCCUACGACCACUACCUCGGGGCCAAGAGCCGGCCGGCGCCCUACCCGCUGCCCGGCCUCCGCGGCCACGGUUACCACCCGCACGCGCACGCACAUCCGCACCACCACCACCCAGCCGUGAGCCCGGCCGCCGCCGCCGCCGCAGCCGCCGCGGCUGCCGCCGCCGCCGCGGCUGCCAACAUGUACUCGUCUGCUGGGGCCGCGCCGCCGGGCUCCUACGACUACUGCCCCAGAUAAUGCGGGCCGCGCGCUCCGCGCAGCCCCGAGGGCCUUCAGAAGACUCGUUCAUCAGCCCUGGGGGGCCACUGCGGGCCUCCCUUCCCCCUGGCCUCAAAGCCAUUGGGGGCCUCCAGUCCCAGGACUAUCGCGGUGUCGGAUUCCUCCAGCUCCCAGGAGAACGCUGGACCUUCCUCAGCUCCGAGGGCCACGAGGGCUCCGCCCGCCAGUGCCAAAGCGCCCGGUCUGGGGCGGAAGGAAAUGGUAUUUAUUGUUCUCCCAGAGACCGAGUAGCCUUGCCUCCGCCCGCCCGGCCGGCAGUUGCAGUGUAGACGACCUGAGAGCCCCGCCUGCAGGCGGUGUAGAUACAUGUAGAUAUAUGUAGAUACUGUAGAUACCGCGUCUGCGCCGACUUGAUAAACGGUUUCGCCUCUUUAA